AUGAGUAUUUGCUGCGACUCCUGUAAAUGUCAUGUAAGCGCUCCCUGCACCUCGCAUCAGUGCACUGUGAGCCAGCGCCGGGCUGUCUGCAGAAGAUCCAGAUCCACCAAAGGGGCGUCCAAAGCUCGGCGGGACCACAUCAAUAGCGAGAUCAGGAACAUGCGUGCACUGUUGCCCUUCGCCCGGGAGGAACAGGAGCGUCUGUCCUACCUGCACUCCAUGGCUGCCAUCUGCACCUACAUCAGGAAGUCUGUCCUCUUCAAGGGAUUCCCAGCUGGGGAGAGAUCUGACUGCUCUCUGCCAUACGAGGCCUUUCUUCAAGCCCUGCAUGGUUUUAUCCUGGUCACCACCACUCAGGGGAGGCUGGUCUAUGUGUCAGAAAACGUAGCUGACUACCUGGGUCACUCCAUGGUGGAUGUGCUUCAAGGAGACACUGUGUAUGAUAUGGUGGAUCGCUCUGAUAUUGAUACUGUGAAGUCAAACCUGGACAUUGACAACAACUCAUCAGCAGAGAGGAGCUUUGUUUGCUGUAUGCACACGUCCAAGGUCUUCAGGCUCCAGAAUGGCAGCUGCUGCUCCAUGCUGGUCCGAGGGAGCUUCCAGCCGUUCCCCAGGGCCUAUCCAGUCUUUUCCCCAGCCUGUCCGACCGAGGAGCUUCUGUUCGUGGCUCUCUGUACCCCGACAGUCGACCGCCUGCAGAGCACAGACUCGACCCACUUCUGUCAGAGCUUCAGCAGCGUCCACAGACUAGACAUGACCUUCACUCAGCUGUCAGACAGUGUUUUUUAUUUUCUGGGCUAUUCAGCCGAAGAAAUGUCUGGUCGAUCGUGGUACAGUCUCCUCCACCCUGAAGACCUCUCCUUGAGUGCAAAUUCUCAUAAAAGUCUGAUGCAGGCAGAUGAGGGCUUCCAGGUAGAGAUGGUGCUGAGGCUCCAGCACAAGGAUCUGUCGUGGACAUGGGUCUAUGUUCGAGCCAGCAAAGACUCUGAGCGCCAGGAAGUCAGCUGCACUAACUACAUCAUAAGCGAAACGGAGGCCAGAUUUCUCCUGCAGAAAAUCAACAGUCAUGCCUUCAGACCAUUACCACAGACAAAUCCCUGCCACUCAUCAGCUGCACAGAGGCCUGACUCUCAGCGCUACAGCCCGACGGGUUUUUUAAAAAGGCAGAGGUCAUCUAAUAGCCAGAGUGAAGAGCCCAGUGCCAAGACUAAAAGGGGGUAUAAACGAGACAUAAUUUCUGUGGCAUGUGCCUCCUCCCGAGGUGACAGCUCACCUGUACCCAUGGGAGACAACCUCGCUCUCUUCACCCCUCCUUACAGCCCAGCCUCCUCCAACUCCCCUCUACAGACGGAGGAGCUCAGCCCUGACUUACUGAUGGAUGUGCAUGACUACACAGAUCAGCUGCUGUCCUCCCCAGAGGGCUCUCCCUCCUAUUACUCUUACCCUGAAGCGGGGCCCACCUGUCACCAGUCGCCCCCUGAGUCCCUCCCUGCAGCCACCGAGCCAGCCUUUGACCAUGGAGCCAUCAGCAUGACCAGUGCCUGCUCUCCAGAUCCCUCCUUAUCUCCAACCUGUAAUUUCCAGGCUUCUACAGCUGAUGCUCGAUUAGUUCCAGACUCCCUGUCUGUGUCAGACCUGUGUGAAAGCCCUGCAGAUUGCACCCUGCAUCAAGAUGACCUCAGCCUUCUAGAGCAGCCACAAGGUGGCAGCUCUUUCCAAUUGAAUCCCAUUUUAUCCUUACACUCCAGCCUUCUUACCCCCAACCCAUCUCCCACAACCCAGGGAUCCUUCCAGUACAACGAGACGGAGCAGGUGGAGAUCAGCAUCCUGGCUCAGCAGAUCUCCUCCUUGGCCAGCAGCUUUGACAUGUACCGCAACAUGAGCUCAAUCCAAAAUACACCCCAGUUGGCCACAGGGAGCCUGUCCUCUACUUGUGACUGGCUCCAUCGCCCCGCUUUCCCCACAGUCCUUCCCAUCAAGCCUGAGCUGGUCCUAGAGGAUGAAGUGUUUGACAGCAUCCUGAAGGACCUGGAUGUGGUUGCAGGCAAAGGCAGCAUGUCUGGCUCUGCUGCUGUUUCCCACAGCUACCAGCAAGGCUUGUUGUGUGGAAGGAACCUCACCCCGGCCAACAUCGCCAUGGAUCCCUUCACUUUCCGGUUGGGAAGCCAUGACCAAAACACUGGGUUGCAUCAACUCAACCACUUAUUGCACAGUAGCCUCCAGCAAGAUGGGCUUGUUGAAGAAAACCUGUACUGA